AUGGCCGCUCCCGCGGGGCGCAGAGCCCCCCUGGCGCUGGGGCUGACCGGGCUGGUCUUCGCCCUGUGCGGCCUUGUCCUGCUCUUCGUCCUGCCCAGCAUGGUCCGGGACCAGGUCAUCAAGCAUUACAGGAGUGAUGUCUGGAUGCUGGAUGGGAAGGAGGGUGUGAUAAAGCCUAGCCCAAAUGUCUGCUUUCUCUUCCAGAACGUGAGGAUCGAUCCCAAUAGCAUCGCCUUCGGUAUGUGGAAAGACGUUCCUGUUCCUUUUUACCUGUCAGCCUACUUCUUUGAGGUGCUGAAUCCAAAAGAGAUUCGUCUGGGAGCCAAGCCUGUGGUGAAUCAGCGUGGGCCUUAUGUUUACAGAGAAUACAGGUAUAAAACCAAUAUAACUUUCCAUGACAAUGGUACAGUUUCCUUCCUGGAAUACCGGACGUUUUUCUUCCGGCCAGACCUGUCUGAUGGGGUGGAAGAGGAUUACAUUGUUGUGCCAAACAUCCUUGUGAUGGGUGCAGCCAUUAUGAUGGAGAAGCUACCUCACUUUUUGAAGGUGUUAAUAAGUGGCGCACUGGCUGGCUUGGGACAGGACGCUUUUAUGAACCGAACCGUGGGAGAGAUCAUGUGGGGCUAUGACGACCCGCUUAUAGAUGUGCUGAACAAUUUUGUGCCUGGUUUGAUCCCUUUCAAGGGGAAGUUUGGCUUAUUUAUGGAUUUUAACAACUCGAAUACAGGACUGUUCACUGUGUAUACUGGGGCCACAGACAUCAAUCAAAUCCACAUAGUGGAUACAUGGAAUGGAUUAAAAAAGGUGAAUUACUGGCGCUCCAAUGAGUGUAACAUGAUCAAUGGGACUUCUGGAGAGAUGUGGCCUCCUUUCAUGACCCCUUCCUCUUCUCUAGAGUUUUAUAGUCCUGAUGCCUGUCGAUCCAUGAAGCUAGUGUACGAGCAGUCUGGAGUAUUUAAAGGGGUGCCGACCUAUCGCUUUGUGGCUCCGAAGACUUUAUUUGCUAACGGAACAGAUUAUCCACCAAAUGAAGGCUUCUGCCCCUGCAGGGAAUCUGGAAUCCAGAAUGUCAGCACCUGUAGAAUGAAUGCACCAGUGUUCAUAUCCCACCCACACUUCUACGAUGCUGACCCUGUCUUGGUGGAAGCCGUCGAUGGAUUACAUCCCAAUAAGGAGCAGCAUGGGCUCUUCCUUGACGUUCAUCCGGUCACGGGAAUUCCAAUGAACUGCUCCAUCAAGCUGCAACUGAGUCUGUAUAUAAAGAAGGUCUCUGGCAUAAGUCAAACAGGACAAAUCAAGCCGGUUGUCUUGCCUAUACUUUGGUUUGCAGAGAGCGGGGCCAUUGAAGGUUCAGUCUUAAAGCAGUUCUACACCAACCUGGUACUGAUCCCAUCUGUGCUGGACUAUGUGCAAUAUAUCUGCAUCGGUCUGGGUGUCGCUUUGAUUGUUGCUGCCAUUGUACUGGAGGUAAAGAGACAGAGAAACGCCAGAGAGAAGAGCCCACAAGAGCCAGACCCACAGACUGCACCAUCUUGGUCUUCAGAAACAACACCACUCCUUCAAGACGCUAGUAAAACAAACCAGAACAAUGCUGCUGAAGCCUGA